AUGAGCUACGAGAUGAAGUCGAUUCUCUACGUCUUCGAGAAGACUCAGAGUUUACAGCUGAGCAAGAUCUGGGAGCUCGGGUUCGGGGUCUUGACAGAGAAGAGCUUGCUCAGCAUGGCCAAGGGGGACGUGAUGGAGCUGGUCGGGGCAGACGGGGAGACGACGAAGUUGAUGGUUGUCAACGAUGACGUGGCAGACUGA